AAUUACUUCUUCACAGGCGUGGCGUUAAGUGUGAGUACUUAAGGUUGUUCACCGGUCCGGCUUCUUUUCCCUUCAACCCCCACUCGUCAUACAGUCUGUCUUAGUCCUUCACGGAUACGCCCAAAAUGCAACCAUCUUCAGCAAACGCCUUGGAUCUCUUCGAAAAAAGUGCGGCAAGGAUAUCGAAUUAGUAGAUUCGUCCGUAUGGAUAUAAAUUUUCUAGGCUCACCCAUGAAGUAUUAUUCUAGUUUUCGUCGACCCUCCCCAGAUCAUCUCACCGGCUGAUCUACGUGCCAACGCGUCAUAAACUGAACUAGUGGCUAUUUUAUCCCGCUGAUGGCCAGCCUAGAAGGUGGUAUGAUGUGUAUUGUGACCUCACUAGAGCUACCAGACUGGAAGAAUCUCUCGCGAUGCUCAGAGAUGUUCCCAAGCAGAGGACAUUUGAUGUAUAUUUGGGUUCAGGUAAGUAUUAAUAUGCUCAUGGCUAGAGUAAAGUUAGAAUGUAUUGCUGUUGUUGGCCAAGGUGCAGCCAUGGCAGCCUUUCUUUCGGCAUUGCUAGAAAAUCCUCAGUCGUAUCCUCUGAUUCUCGUUGAUGGCAAGCCUCCUCAUCCCCCGUUUCAAUUUAGUGUCUGUAUCGCAGGAUAUAGGAUCAGACCCGUUAGCCGAUCUCGUGUUUAACCCCACGUAUGCAACGCCGACACUUCACGUCAUCUGUAAAAACGACAUCGUGAUGCUCGAAGAACGGACGAAAGUUCUCUCGGAC